AUGGGCAAGGAACGUCUUGCGCUACUUUGGAGGAAUCUGGGUUCCACCAGCGCAAAAAAUUUUGGUGGACUGAAAAUGAGAAAAGGAAAUGAUUUGGGCAAACAUAAANCACUUUGCCUUGCUGAAGGUGAUAAAAGUUUAUUCAACGCGUUCACCAAUGUUGCAGAUGGAUGGAACAACAUUAUACAAUGGGAAAAUCCAAAAUUAAAGGAAGAAAUUGAAUCAUACCACUGA